UAUUGACAUUCUUGCAUGUUGUAUACAAACUUCAGAAGUUUUUUAAAUUAGGAAAUACAAGAGUGGGCCAGAAAUCUUAAUUACUUCCAUCGAUAAUACAACUGUAUAAGGCAACGUGUAAGUGGACUAUGGGUUGUGGUCAGUCCCAGGUUGGGCCAGCAGUCAGUGAGGACAAGGCACCGCUUGACCGCCCCAAGCAGAAUGGCACAACAAAAACUAGCAAUCCAUCAGAUAGCAAGCAAAUAUCUUCUACAGACUCUAAUGCAAACAGGGCAGACUCCCAGACAAAUAAUCCAGUGCCGAGAUCAGUGGCAUUCACAUUAGAUUUAGACGGAAAGGAGACAAAUAAUGCACUGCUGGGACCUCCUCCACCAAGACUUAAGCGGCUGGACCCCCUCAAUGUUCCAAAACUGACAGCAAAUGAGCUUGCUGAGAAACAGCGCCUGGCUGAUGAGAAACGCGAGUCGGAACUGAAACGAAAGCAAAGUGCUUCCCUUAAAGCAUCUAGACGACGUAGACAGAUUCUGGAUGCCCAGAAGUUUGAUCAACAGCUACAACAAAAGGAAAAACAGGAAAUGAUAGAGGAGUCACUAGAGUCGGCAGGAAAAUCUCGUGAGGCCAAGUUAAAAGAUCGUCAACUUAAACAGCAGCUGAGGGAACAGAGGGCACAACGAGCAAGGGAACGGGUGAAGAAGUUGAAUGACCUUGACCAGGAGUUGGACAUCGAGGUGGAGAAAGACGAAGACUACAAUGCUGAUGAAGUUGACUCCUGGCUUGAUGGUGACAACAACAACAACAACAAUGAUAGUCUACAUUCUGCAGACUCAGACGAGAAAAUUUACAAUGGUCGAUCCAGCCCACAAAAGCAGAUUAAAUCAGAAAAAAGGGGUUUGAACAGGGGCAUCAGUGCUAACACCAUAGACAGUUUUGACAAUGCAUACAAUCGCAAACAACCUGGUGCCUCCCAAAAUGCUGAAAUCAAGGAUGACUUCUUCGAUACAUAACCUAGGUCUUGCUCUAGGGUAUUAGGCUAGGCUUUUGUGUAGAACAUGCUUGAUUUGGUACAUGAUUAUAAUACUUAGCUGAAAGCUCAGGAUAACCUAUAUACGCAUUUACAUGUGAUAAAAAUGCCCGAGUAGAUGUCUUCUUUUUUAAGAGCACAUCAAAAGUAUAUACUUAUUCAGAGAUUAAAAAUGUGAAUUAGUAUUGAAUUAAUUUUACAUAUAUUUUUUAAACCUCACAGUUUUGUUUUGUUAUAUUUUAGUAUUGACAGAAAGUCUCUUAUUUCAAGUGUUAAAUUAAGUAUACCUAUGCAGUCACUAGCUAUUCUCAAUACAUUCUUUAUAUGAUUUUAAAUGACAGAAUGACAUCUGUUUUAUUGAUGACUGAUUAACAGAUCAGGGUUGACUCUCUUAGGGGUAUGGUGUCGGAGGACUUUCAUAAAGUAUUUUUGCCAGAAAAAGGAAGGUUUGAAUUAACUUUUGGAAAAAAUGAAAUUAAAUGCUAUGAAUUCUAGUGACCACACAUUGCAGGUGAAAAAAUACAUAUGUUUUGGCUAUUUUUGUCUGGUUUUAAGAACAAAUAAUUGUUCUUAACCUGUUCAAUAUAGGGGGUAUUUUUACUCAAAAUUGGACAAAAAAACCCAAACAUUUUACCUUUUAAGGUGGUAAAACAGGGUAGAAUUAUAGCCCAAAAUAAUUAGAAAGACAACCCAGCAGCUGAAAUCUCUGAACUUAGCAAUGGCUCAGAUGAUCUUUAUGCAUAUGAAAUGUAGCCUUGACUCACCAUAUGUGUAGGAAUUUUAGCCAAUCUAUGGGGCCCAUACUUGGUAUGGGCGGUUUCCGCGCUUCUUAAUAUACCAUUAGGCCCUUGAAGACAGGAAUUAUUUGUUUCAUGGAGGCAUUGCAUUACACAUUUUGAUAUUAUUGCUUCAUAUACAACAUAGUUUCAGCCAGGAUGCUUGUCAGCAACUCCGUAUUUAGUAUUAUAACAGUGCUCAUAUAAUGAGAGAUUUUUGUGUUCAAACAUGUAGUCAAUAUCUACCUUGAUGUGUUUGUUACAUUAUUAUUAAUGCUUAUUUAUUAUCAAAGGAUAAUAGUCUCAAAUAGAAUUGGGCUGAUUGUUCAGAACUUUGUUUAAGUUAGCAACCUUAUCAAAGGCAUCAUUGUCAAAUCUAAAGGUGAAUCAUUUUAUGAUGCGCUUCUACCAGUGCAGCUUAAGCAGUUGUUUGAACAUUUGUAAGAUAUUCUGCAGAUUGUAAGACCUUUUAGUGUUUCCAUGAAACUUCCAUAGAAGUAAAAUUUGCUUAUUGGAAAGUUAAUAACAUUGCUACUUAUACAAAGUUCUGGACAAUUGGUCCAUUGUUCCCAUUUCAAUAAAGGAUUUAAUUAUAACCUCGAAAAUCUUAAUUUUAUAGAAACAACAUCAAGAAGGAUUAUCAUAAUGUUCCUUCUUAGAAUUUUGUUAUUACCGUAUUUUCUCGACUAUAAGGCGAUUCGCUUAUAAGACGGCCCCCUAACUUUGCCCAUGAAAUCUGGUGCUUUUUGUUUCGACUCGCUUAUAAGACGGGGUCAAUUUUUAAGCAAAUCUAAAAUGCUAAAAUUCUUCCUAAUGUGUAAAAAUGUUCAAGCUCAACGGACAAUUAUCAACUUUCGCGGUAACUGUUUUUGUUUUACUCAAAGAAAAUGGCGGUCAACUGCGAGCUCUCUAUUUGGAGGUAGGUUAAAAAUGAGUACAUAGUUACGCGUUUAAGUUUGCAGGUCGUUACUUAUCGGAAUUGUAAUAAUUAAUCAAUAACAACAUAUGUUUGUUUUAGUUUAUUUUUUUUAUUGAAGACACCAAUGAAGUUCUUCGGCAAAAUAAAUGGCUUCAAUAACAUAACUGCGAAAAGCCGAGGCAUGAAUAGGUGUUUGUUUAGUAAUAAUGCUUUAGUCCCUUGAUUGGCGACGAACAUAAAGGAUUCAUAUUCGCAUUGUCAUUUAUUUGCUUAAUCAAAUUGACAGUUAGAUACCUACAUCAUAUUAAGAUUCCAAUUUAUUGAUUUGAUAUAUCUGUCAAACUAAUUAUACUGACACGCUUCAUGAGAAAAAAAUGCAGAUAUAACGGUACACUGUGUGACGUCAGAGCACGCGGGGUGAAGAGAUUUCGUGUUGUUGUUUACUUAAGUAAAUUGCUCCAUACUUGUAUCAGCAGACGAUAUACUGGAUAGACGAAUACCCUAUGUAAAAUUUUACUGAUUUUGACUUGAAUCUUUUUUUAAUAUUUUAUCGACUCGCUUAUAAGACGGGUCCCCUACUUUUGGGGUAAAAAUCGGGACCCAAUUUCCCCGUCUUAUAGUCGAGAAAAUACGGUAACCUUUACUAGACUGAAUUCAUUUCACAUAAUUAUAAUAGCAAAAAAAUCUAAAAGUAAGUAUGAUUUUGGUAAUUUAUGACUAAACUCUUUAAUGAACUGGGUCUAUUGUUUUAAAUUUUAAGUAUGUAUUGCUGUGUUGGAAGUACAAAAUACAUCAUUUUGGUUUUUAUGUAUGCUAACUAAAUAAUGAUUAUGCGGAAUUUAUUUGUGAUAAACCUUCUUAGCUGGACAAUAUGACAAACAAAUAAGGAGGGCUAAUUACUACCCACCCCAGUGUCAGUGGCUGCAUCCUGUUAAAGUGUAAGGCAUUUUAAAUUAUAACUCUUAUACCCUUCAUUCAAUUCACUUCAAACUUCACAAAGAUGUUCUGGACCAUAAUACAAUUAUGUUACAUAACUCCACAUCAUCCUAAAUACAAAUUAUAGCCCCUGAUUGACUAAGGAACAUAGGUUAAGUUGUGUCUGGUUAAAGUUAUAGGUCAAUGAAGUUUGGAUUUUCACAAAUAACUCCUAUAACCUUCAUUCUAUUGACUUCAUACUUCACACAAUUGUUGACGGCCAUCAUACAGGUUACACAACUCCAUGUAAUAAUAAACACAAAUAAUGGCUCUUGAACGUCUGGUUCAAGUUUUAGGGCAACUUGAGGUUUUAACUCAGAUCUCAAAUACUGUUCAUUCAAUGGACUUCAUAUUUCAAACAGUUGUUCAAGGCCAUCACACGAUUAGGUUACAUAAUUCUAUAUUAACUUAGAUACAAGUUAUGCCUGAUUUUUUAUUUACUUUUUUAUUUGACUUUUUUUCCUUUUCAUUGUUUUUGACAGGCACAUCAUUAAUACAUUCAUCUCUUAGAAAAAGCAGCGUAUAGUCGAGCACACUGUCCUACGACAGCUCUUACUUAAUCAAUUGUGAUAAUAAAAAUGCUAGAACAAAUGGGUAUAUAAUAUAACAUGGCUCUAUCCUUUGUCUUCCAUAAGUUUCACAACUGACUGUCAACCAGUCAGCUGACUGUCAACCAGUCUACAGUUUGAUAUCCUUUUGAUAAUCUGUUACUCUUAAUGAACAAACAACACAUUCUUCGAACUUUGCCAUUUAAGAUGGCUUUUGUUCUGCCUUAAGUACAAUAAUAUAACUUUUAUGUCUGUCAAUGUUUUACAAGAAAUAUAAAUUGUACAGUAUAUGUAUAUCGCUGCGAUUGCCUCUGCAAUAACAUGACAUGAUUUUCGUUUUUGCUUGUUCUGAUCUUUUAUAACUUACAUACAUGAAAUUUUCACAUACAUGUAUGCAUUUAAGCAUUUGUAUACUUUCUUUUUACCCAAGAUGCACAGCAGCACUGUGAUAUGUUUAAUAUGGAUUUUUAUCACAAAUGUAUGUAUAAAUCUUCACGGUUCAUAGUGAUGUAAGUUGAAAUGUUGUGUGUUCAUUUAAUAUAUUGUGUUAUGUAUAUUAUGUUUAUGUAAACAUUUAUUUUUACCAAAAAAAGUAUUAUUCUGUUCCAGUAUCUAUGAAACUGUUGCCAUAUUUGACACAUUUGUAACAAGAAAAUGUAUUCAAUAUUAGAAAGAUAUUUUUGUGAACAUCAUACAUGAAAAAAUAAGGAUUUAGUUUAACCUAAUUUGUAUAUUUAGAUAUUGUUAUAUAUCAAAUAGUUUCUGGUUUAAGAUAUUUUAGUACCAUGUCUAAUCAACGGACAUACUUCGUGAUGAGGGUGUUGAACUGAUGAUCGAAUCUAUAGGAGGACUGAUUAUUUUACGUCUUUAAACAAAGUUUAAACAGGAAUAACAACUUUUUUAUAAUAGUGAGGUUGCAUAAGACUGGUUGUACUCGUACAAGUAAAGGCUGCAGUUUGCUCAUGUACCUGUUUAUGUAUCUACCCGAACAAGUAAAGGCUAGGGAUGGCUUAUGUACCUGUUUAUGUUUCUACCCUUACAAGUAAAGGCUGCAGUUUGCUCAUGUACCUGUUUAUGUAUCUACCCGAACAAGUAAAGGCUAGGGAUGGCUUAUGUACCUGUUUAUGUAUCUACCCGUACAAGUAAAGGCUGCAGUUGGCUCAUGUACUUGUUUAUGUAUCUACCCGAACAAGUAAAGGCUAGGGAUGGCUUAUGCACCUGUUUAUGUAUCUACCCGUACAAGUAAAGGCUGCAGUUGGCUCAUGUACUUGUUUAUGUAUCUAACCGUACAAGUAAAGGCUAGGGAUGGCUUAUGUACCUGUUUAUGUUUCUACCCUUACAAGUAAAGGCUGCAGUUUGCUCAUGUACCUGUUUAUGUAUCUACCCGAACAAGUAAAGGCUAGGGAUGGCUUAUGUACCUGUUUAUGUUUCUACCCGUACAAGUAAAGGCUGCAGUUGGCUCAUGUACUUGUUUAUGUAUCUACCCGAACAAGUAAAGGCUAGGGAUGGCUUAUGUACCUGUUUAUGUAUCUACCCGUACAAGUAAAGGCUGCAGUUUGCUCAUGUACCUGUUUAUGUAUCUACCCGAACAAGUAAAGGCUAGGGAUGGCUUAUGUACCUGUUUAUGUAUCUACCCGUACAAGUAAAGGCUGCAGUUUGCUCAUGUACUUGUUUAUGUAUCUAACCGUACAAGUAAAGGCUAGGGAUGGCUUAUGUACCUGUUUAUGUAUCUACCCGUACAAGUAAAGCCUGCAGUUGGCUCAUGUACCUGUAUAUGUAUGUACCCGUAUAAGUAAAGCCUGCAUUAGACUCAUGUACCUGUAUACGUAACUACCCAUACAAGUAAAGGCUGCAGUUUGCUCACGUACCUGUUUAUGUAUGUACCCGUACAAGUUAAGGCUGCAGUUUGCUCAAAUCUUUUUCACGUGUGCUGAUAGGUUCACCAACUCAUGCAAAAAAUUUGACUUGUGAUCUGGCUAACAUAAUGAUCUUAAGCUAUAAACUUGAACAAAUUAAACAUUCACAGAUGACAUGUAAAAGUAGUUUGCAUACAAGCAAUGUUUUGUAAGCAAUAGGCACCCACAACCCGAGUUAUUGAGAUUAUUUCAAACACGAAGGCUGUGGUUGACGUAACUGUUUUGUCUUAAGUUGUCUAGGAUAAUGUUCAAUAAGCAGGGAUCGUUAUAAGUGAACAGCGAUUUAAUUUAUCCACAUGGUAGUUAUAGAACAGUUAAACCAAUUAUACUAGUAACCAUUCCGAUAUCAGAGUUUAUAUUUAGAGGAAAACAAGAAAUCAUUCCAAAAUCUCCUAACUAAUGUUUAAUUCUCGUAUGCAGUAUGUGAAAUAAGUAAGUAAGCUUGUCACUUUUGUAUUGGGUGGAAACAGUAUUACCAAAUGUAUAUUGUAUUUUUUUAUAGGGGUAACCAGUUUUUUAACUGUUUGUGUUUUGUGAUCAAAGUGUUAUGAUGUUGCCAUUUUUAAUCUUGCUUGUUUUUUUAUUUGUUUACUUGUAGAUGUUCCUAUAGAGCUAUGUGUAUCACACUUCCUAUAUGUGUUUAGAUAGGCUUUUUCAUAAAUUCUUUAUUUACUGAGAUCAUUUGUUUUCAUUGUUAUAUAAAAUGAAACAAUCAUUACUGUUUAUAAAUACUUUUACUUGAUAUUGUACCAAUCUAAAGAACAAUGAAAGCACUGUUUAAAUGCCUAUCACCUGUAAAUUGUGUAUCCUUGUUUAAUGAAACUGUUGUUUUGGUCUCAAUUUUUUAUAUUCCUGUAGUUUAGGAUUCUUUUAUUGUCAGGGGUUAAAUAUGCAUAAAGCAUAUGACACUUCUAGGUAUAAUCUUAUUCAGAAUUUUAUUUUUUCCAUAAAUGAAUUAUAACAAUAUUAUUGUUCUAAACUUCUAAACCUGUUUAUUUGUGUAGAUGAUGGCAUAUGUUGGCAAUCAGUGAGAGAAAUAUGUACUUUCGGUUGCACAUUAAGCCGAUUGCUAUUUCCGAACUUUCAGUCCAAUCAGCACCUUUAAUGUGAUGAUGCUGUUUGUGGAUAAUGCUCGUCAUCUUUCAUGAACAAUUGAAAUAUAUUAUGACUGACCUGUUACAUAUUUGUUAUGUUACUUUCAGUGCUGUUUUGAACAUGUGUUUUUUUUAAUUUACAUAUUAAAUUUGGUUAAGUAGAUAUCAAAUGGUACUUUAAAUGCUGACAAAUAGCUAUUAAUAAUUGUAAAACUUAAUUCUGAAUACUAUUAUCACUUUAAGUCUCUGAAAUAUUUAGACAUGGAAGAAGUAGUAACUGUGUUAAUUCAUUUGAUAUUUUAUACUUGUUACGGUAAA